AUGAAACGCAUUCUCGCCGAGGCUGUGGGGCAAGCAGACUGGACGGUCAAUCUGCGGAAUGCCUGCUCGACGAAGAUUCGCGUGACCGAAGGUAGAGGGAUCCGGGAAUUACAGGCGCAAACUGCAAGUCGUAAAGGUUCACCGUCGAAUCUCGCGACGCGCCGUUGGGAACAAAAGUUCUGGUUGCGGAGAAAGGCUGCGCUAUUCCUCAAACGAACGGCGCGACCUGAAAUUCCUCUCAGCCUUGCGUCGCAACUUUUUCAAACAUCUUUGUCCCCGAAGCUACCAUGGAAACCCGCUAGACAUGUCUCGGACGCUCAGAACAGCGCAUGCAAAGAUUCUUUGCAAGGCGUUCAGGCUAUCUUCUCGGUCUGCUUCAUCGGGAGACAUCUAGCGACAUCGGCCUCGUCCGCCCCAUUAGCCCAGGAUCUCCCGACGAUAUACAAACCCCCCACCACCGGUAUCAUAUCGAGACUGCCCUCAUCAUGGAUUCCUUAUGCCGAACUUAUCCGGCUCGACAAACCCGCAGGGACAUACUACCUCUUCCUCCCCUGCAUGUUUUCGACACUUCUGGCAGCGCCGAUGGCUGUACCAAUGGCCUCCCCGCUGGAGGUGCUAUCGACCACAGCUCUUUUCUUCUCCGGCGCUCUAAUCAUGAGAGGUGCUGGCUGUACAAUAAACGAUCUCUGGGAUCGCAACCUGGAUCCACAUGUCGAACGCACACGACUACGACCCAUUGCGCGAAAAGCCGUUUCUGUUGAAAACGCAAUUGUAUAUCUAGGCGCACAGCUUCUUACUGGAUUGACGCUGCUCUUACAAUUUCCCUUACCUUGUCUCUACUAUGGAGUCCCCAGCCUCCUUCUAGUCACUGUAUAUCCUCUGGCGAAGCGAGUCACCCAUUACCCUCAGUUUGUCCUCGGCCUGACCUUUUCAUGGGGUGCCAUCAUGGGCUUUCCGGCUUUAGGCAUCGACCUUGUCUCCAAUCCUGAGGCACUUGCGGCGGCGGCUGCACUGUACGCCAGCUGUGUCGCGUGGACCCUCAGUUAUGAUAUGAUUUAUGCCUAUAUGGACAUCAAGGAUGAUGUCAAAGUGGGCAUCAAGUCGAUCGCCCAAGCACACCAGCACAAUUCCAAGACCGCCCUGGGUGUUUUCUCUGCCGCUCAGAUCGGACUGCUCGCCACCGCCGGUUAUUUUGCUGGAGCAGGUCCGAUAUUCUUUAUUGGAAGUUGCGGUGGCGGGGCACUGGCUUUGGCGACCAUGGUUCGUCGGGUGAAUCUGAAUGAUGUCAAGGAUUGUUGGUGGUGGUUUAAAAACGGUGCCUGGUUCACCGGCGGAGUCAUAUCUCUCGGUCUGUUUGGAGACUAUGUUUACCGGAAGUCUCAAGAGGAGUCUCGUCUCACUGCUCAGGCGGUUGGCGACGCAUAA